UAGCGCACGCAAGCCUAAGCGAUCAGGAGCUUACCAAGGCUUAGCAAUGGCGUACGCUAAGCUCGCAGCCCUGGCCAUGCUUUUAGUCGUGCUGCAGGCAUCAACCGGCACCGUCGCCCGCUUGUCGCCGGCCGUCUCGACGUCGAAGCUCUCCGGCAUGCCGGCGGUGAUGACAGUCAACGGGUUCGAGCCCGGCGAGGACGGCGGCGGGCCGGCGGAGUGCGAUGGCAAGUACCACAGCGACGACGACAUGCUGGUAGCGUUGUCGACGGGGUGGUACCAGGGCGGGGUCCGGUGCUUUAGGAUGAUCCGCAUCACGAGCGCGGGCACCGGGCGGAGCGUGGAGGCCAUGGUGGUGGACGAGUGCGACUCCCGGCGCGGCUGCAAGAACAACAUCGUCGACACCUCCAAAGCCGUGUGGAAGGCGCUCGGGCUGGACACCAACGUCGGCGAGGAGACCGUCACAUGGUCCGACGCCUGAAUUAACCCCUCGAUCCGUCGGUCGCUGAAUAAUUGGCGCACGGCAGCUGGGGGCAUCCGCAAACUGCAACGUCUGCUCUGUUUUUCUGUUUCUAAUAAACGAUGUUUUUCUGUUUCUAAUAAACUGUGAUCAUAUUUCCUACGACAAUGUAUGCAUGCAGUAAUAUGUAAGCUCAA